AGAGGUGUGUUGGCCAAUGUUAGCCUCCCAAAAACCGAGGAACAGGGGGGUUUGGGCACUGCCAGACCCCAAGAAUCCUGAGAACAGCAGGUGUUGAGCAACCCCAGAGCAACCCCAAAAAUCUUGGUCAAAGGGCUAUUUGGGCACUACCAGACCCCACCCAAAUGCAGAGAAGCUCCAAGCCCCCAAAAGUCCUGGAAAAGAGGGGUUUGGUUACAACCGAAAAUGCCGGGAAAAGGGGGAUUGGGCACCCUCAGCCCCCCAUCUCCCUCUUGUUUGGGGCAACUCUGAGCUCCGGGACAACGGUAUCUGCUGUUUGAGGUUCCCAGAGCUUUGGGAGCCCUGGCUGGGCAUUUUUGGUGGGCCCUGAGCUCCCCCCUCCCCCGCAGCCCACGGACCCCCCGAACCCCCCAGCCCCGGGGCUGCCGCGGGGGCCCCCAACGGCCCUCAGCCAAUCCCAAAGCGCCCACGCCGCCCGCGCCCAAUCCCAGCGCGCCGCGCUGAUGACUCAUCAGUCGCCGGGAAGACGCCUCGAAAAAAGGGCCCCAACUGCGCCCUCAGCCAAGCCCAGCGCGCCCCAAACCCCCCAAAACGGCGCCGCCCGGCUGGUUUGGGGCUGUCAGCAGCUGUCCGGCGCUGGGCAUGGAGCGUGUGCGGGGAGCUGGGGCCGUGCUGGCGGUCCUGGUGCUGCUGGGAGCCCCCCCGGCUGCGGGCGAGGAGCUGUCGGGGGUGUUCCAGCACAUGACAAAGUCCGAGUGUCACUUCGUCAACGGCACCGAGCGGGUGAGGCUCGUGAAGAGGUACAUCUACAACCGGCAGCAGUACGCCCACCUCGAGAUCGAUUUGGGGACCUAUGUGGGGGACACCCUGUUUGGGGAGAAGGUUUACAGAGAGUGGAACUACCUCCCGGGAAAGCUGGAGUACCGUCGGUCUGCGGUGGACAGGCUCUGCCGGCACAACUACGACGGGUUCACCCCGUUCAUGGUGAACCGCAGAGUGCCCCCCAGCGUGUCCAUCUCACUGGUGCCGUCGAGCUCCCAGCCCGGCCCCGGCCGCCUGCUCUGCUCCGUGAUGGAUUUCUACCCUGCGCCGGUGCAGGUGAGGUGGUUCCAGGAUGGGCAGGAGGUGCUGAAGGAUGUGGUGGCCACCGACGUGGUCCCCAACGGGGACUGGAGCUACCAGGUGCUGGUGCUGCUGGAAAUCCCCCCCCGGCGCGGGGUCACCUACAGCUGCCAGGUGGAGCACGUCAGCCUGGAGCACCCCCUCAGCCGGCACUGGGAGAUGCCACCGGACACCGUCCGCAGCAAGAUCCUGGUGGGGGUCGGGGGCUUCGUCUUGGGCUCGGUCUUCCUGGCGCUGGGGCUCGGCUUCUACCUGCGGGAGAAGAGCUCCUGAGCCGCCGGCGGCUGCAGCCCCUCCCCGUGGCCUCGGGCCCAGCCGGGACCCCCCAGUCCAUCCCCACGCUGAGUUUGGGGGGUCGUGUGUCCCCCCCAGCCCU